UAAUCUAUGCCAGCAAUUAUGACAAUGUUAGCAGACCAUGCAGCUCGUCAGCUGCUUGAUUUCAGCCAAAAACUGGAUAUCAACCUUUUAGACAAUGUGGUGAAUUGCUUAUACCAUGGAGAAGGAGCCCAGCAAAGAAUGGCUCAAGAAGUACUGACACAUUUAAAGGAGCAUCCUGAUGCAUGGACAAGAGUCGAUACAAUUUUGGAAUUUUCACAGAAUAUGAACACGAAAUAUUAUGGACUACAAAUUUUGGAAAAUGUGAUAAAAACAAGAUGGAAGAUUCUUCCGAGGAACCAGUGUGAAGGAAUAAAAAAAUACGUUGUUGGCCUUAUUAUCAAGACCUCAUCUGAUCCAACUUGUGUAGAGAAGGAAAAAGUAUAUAUCGGAAAAUUGAAUAUGAUUCUUGUUCAGAUACUGAAACAGGAAUGGCCAAAACACUGGCCAACUUUUAUCAGUGACAUUGUUGGAGCAAGUAGGACCAGUGAGAGUCUCUGUCAGAAUAAUAUGGUGAUUCUUAAACUCUUGAGUGAAGAAGUAUUUGAUUUCUCUAGUGGACAGAUAACCCAAGUGAAAGCUAAGCAUUUAAAAGACAGCAUGUGCAAUGAGUUCUCACAAAUCUUUCAGCUGUGCCAGUUUGUGAUGGAAAAUUCCCAAAAUGCUCCACUUGUACAUGCAACAUUGGAAACGUUACUCAGAUUUCUUAACUGGAUUCCACUGGGAUAUAUUUUUGAGACCAAGUUAAUCAGCACAUUAAUUUAUAAGUUCCUGAAUGUUCCAAUGUUUCGAAAUGUCUCUCUGAAGUGCCUCACUGAGAUUGCUGGUGUGAGUGUAAGCCAAUAUGAGGAACAAUUUGUCACGCUAUUUACACUGACAAUGAUGCAGCUAAAACAGAUGCUUCCUUUAAAUACCAAUAUUCGACUUGCAUACUCAAAUGGAAAAGAUGAUGAACAGAACUUCAUUCAAAAUCUCAGUUUGUUUCUCUGCACGUUUCUUAAGGAACAUGGUCAACUUAUAGAAAAAAGACUAAAUCUCAGGGAAACACUCAUGGAGGCCCUUCAUUAUAUGUUGUUGGUAUCAGAAGUGGAAGAAACGGAAAUCUUUAAGAUUUGUCUUGAGUACUGGAAUCAUUUGGCAGCUGAACUCUAUAGAGAGAGCCCAUUCUCUACGUUGGCCUCUCCGUUACUAUCUGGAAGUCAGCAUUUUGAUGUUCCUCCCAGGAGGCAGUUGUAUUUGCCUGUGUUAUCCAAGGUUCGUUUAUUGAUGGUUAGUCGUAUGGCUAAACCAGAGGAAGUAUUGGUUGUAGAAAAUGAUCAGGGUGAAGUUGUAAGGGAAUUCAUGAAGGAUACAGAUUCCAUAAAUUUGUAUAAGAAUAUGAGAGAAACAUUAGUUUAUCUUACUCAUCUGGAUUAUGUAGAUACAGAAAGAAUAAUGACUGAAAAGCUUCACAAUCAAGUGAAUGGUACAGAAUGGUCAUGGAAAAAUUUAAAUACAUUGUGUUGGGCAAUAGGCUCCAUUAGUGGAGCAAUGCAUGAAGAGGAUGAAAAACGAUUUCUUGUUACUGUUAUAAAGGAUCUAUUAGGAUUAUGUGAACAGAAAAGAGGCAAAGAUAAUAAAGCUAUAAUUGCAUCAAAUAUCAUGUACAUAGUAGGUCAAUAUCCAAGAUUUUUAAGAGCUCACUGGAAAUUUUUAAAGACUGUUGUUAACAAGCUGUUUGAAUUCAUGCAUGAGACCCAUGAUGGAGUCCAAGACAUGGCUUGUGAUACUUUCAUUAAAAUAGCCCAGAAGUGCCGCAGGCAUUUUGUUCAGGUUCAGGUUGGAGAAGUAAUGCCGUUUAUUGAUGAGAUUUUGAACAAUAUUAACACUAUAAUUUGUGAUCUUCAACCUCAACAGGUCCAUACAUUUUAUGAAGCUGUGGGGUACAUGAUUGGUGCACAGACAGACCAAACAGUACAAGAACAUUUGAUAGAAAAAUACAUGCUGCUUCCUAAUCAAGUUUGGGAUAGCAUAAUCCAGCAGGCAACCAAAAAUGUGGAUAUACUUAAAGAUCCUGAAACAGUUAAGCAGCUUGGUAGCAUAUUGAAAACAAAUGUGAGAGCCUGCAAAGCUGUUGGACACCCCUUUGUAAUUCAGCUUGGGAGAAUUUACUUGGAUAUGCUUAAUGUAUACAAGUGCCUCAGUGAAAAUAUAUCUGCAGCUAUUCAAGCUAAUGGUGAAAUGGUUACAAAGCAACCGUUGAUUAGAAGUAUGCGAACAGUAAAAAGGGAAACUUUAAAGUUAAUAUCUGGUUGGGUGAGCCGGUCCAAUGAUCCACAGAUGGUAGCUGAAAAUUUUGUUCCUCCUUUGUUGGAUGCAGUUCUCAUUGAUUAUCAGAGAAAUGUCCCAGCUGCUAGAGAACCAGAAGUGCUUAGUACCAUGGCUAUUAUCGUCAACAAGUUGGGAGGACAUAUAACAGCUGAAAUACCUCAAAUAUUUGAUGCUGUUUUUGAAUGCACAUUGAAUAUGAUAAAUAAGGACUUUGAAGAAUAUCCUGAGCACAGAACGAACUUUUUCUUACUACUUCAGGCUGUCAAUUCUCAUUGUUUCCCAGCAUUUCUGGCUAUUCCACCUGCACAGUUUAAACUUGUUUUAGAUUCCAUUAUUUGGGCUUUCAAACAUACUAUGAGGAAUGUUGCAGAUACAGGCUUACAGAUCCUUUUUACACUUUUGCAAAAUGUUGCACAAGAAGAAGCUGCAGCUCAGAGUUUUUAUCAAACUUAUUUUUGUGAUAUUCUUCAACAUAUCUUUUCUGUUGUGACAGACACCUCACAUACUGCCGGUUUGACGAUGCAUGCGUCAAUACUUGCAUAUAUGUUCAAUUUGGUUGAAGAAGGAAAAAUAAGUACACCAUUAAAUCCUGGGAAUCCAGUUAACAACCAAAUGUUUAUUCAGGAAUAUGUGGCUAAUCUCCUUAAGUCUGCAUUCCCUCAUCUGCAAGAUGCUCAAGUAAAGCUCUUUGUGACAGGGCUUUUCAGUUUAAAUCAGGAUAUUCCUGCUUUCAAGGAACAUCUUAGGGAUUUCCUAGUUCAAAUAAAGGAGUUUGCAGGUGAAGAUACAUCUGACCUGUUUUUGGAAGAAAGAGAAACAGCCCUCCGACAGGCUCAGGAAGAGAAACAUAAACUUCAAAUGUCUGUCCCUGGCAUCCUUAAUCCACAUGAAAUUCCAGAAGAAAUGUGUGAUUAAAAUGGGAAGUCAUGCUGGGGUUUGAUUUUUCUCUGCAACUUUUGUUAGCAGAAGAAAACAGCAUCUGGAUAUUUGUCGACCAAAAUGAUGCCAAUUUGUAAAUUAAAAUGUCACCUAGUGGCCCUUUUUCUUAUGUG